AUGGGUCCAGGAGCAGAGGUGACGGUGGGCGAGACACCACCAGAAGAGGGCACGCUAGCUAGCAGAGCUGAUCCCUGGGACAUCCAGCAGGAGGCGCUGCAGUGCUGCCUCCUGCCUUCUGCUAAGUCCCAGGCAAAGAUACCACUGGAAACGGUGAAGUCCUGGGCAGAUGCCUUUGGUGGGGAGAUAUAUUCCAUCAUGACAAAGUAUUCAGGCUCGCUCCUCUUACAGAAGAAGUACAAAGAUGUGGAGCCCACUCUGAAGAUCAAGGAGGUGGAUGGCUUGGAGCUGGUGAAGAAGUUCUCAGAGGAGAUGGAGAGCAUGCUGCGCAGAAAAGUAGAAGCUGUUGAGAGGCUGGUGGAAGCUGCGGAAGACGCAGAUCUGAACCAUGAAUUCAACUCCUCUCUGGCGUUUGAUUACUACAACUCUCUCCUGAUUAACGAGAAGGAUGAGAAUGAUAAUUAUGUGGAGCUUGGAGACGAAUUCAUUCUGGAGCCAAAUGAGCAUUUCAAUAAUCUGCUGGUGAACACAACGUACAGCGAUGUGCAACUCCCAACCAAUGUCUACAACAAAGACCCUGGCAUAUUGAAUGGAGUUUACAUGUCAGAAGCCUUGAAUCCUAUUUUUGUGGACAAUUUCCAAAGAGACCCAACACUGACCUGGCAGUACUUUGGCAGCUCCACAGGAUUCUUCAGACUUUACCCAGGGAUAAAGUGGAUGCCAGAUGAGAAUGGAGUCAUCUCCUUCGACUGCAGGAAUCGAGGCUGGUACAUCCAGGCAGCCACCUCGCCCAAGGACAUUAUAAUCGUGGUGGACAUCAGUGGGAGCAUGAAGGGUCUGCUGAUGACCAUUGCCAAACACACCAUCAUCACCAUUUUGGACACUUUGGGGGAAAAUGAUUUCGUCAAUAUUAUUGCAUACAAUGAUUAUGUUCAUUAUGUUGAACCCUGUUUCAAGGGCAUCCUGGUCCAAGCAGACAGAGAUAACAGAGAGCACUUUAAGCAGUUGGUGGAUGAGCUGCAGGCAAAAGGAGUGGGGACCGUCAAUAAAGCCGUGCUGGAAUCCUUCAAAAUCCUGAGGGAGUUCAGAGAGGCUGGGCAAGGAGGCCUGUGUAACCAAGCCAUCAUGCUGAUCACAGAUGGAGCCGUGGAGGAUUAUGAAUCUGUGUUUGAAAAGUACAACUGGCCUGAUCGUAAGGUCCGGGUUUUCACUUAUCUCAUUGGAAGGGAAGUCACGUUUGCACAAAAUGUGAAAUGGAUAGCUUGCAACAACAAAGGCUACUACACUCAGAUCUCCACCCUGGCAGAUGUUCAGGAGAAUGUGAUGGAAUAUCUGCAUGUGCUCAGCCGUCCAAUGGUCAUCAACCAUGAUCAUGACAUCAUAUGGACUGAAGCCUACAUGGACAGUGCGCUCUUUGCAUCUCAAGCUCAAAGUCUGCUGCUCAUGACAACAGUAGCUAUGCCGGUCUUCAGCAAAAAGAAUGAAACGAGAUCUCAUGGCAUUCUCCUGGGUGUAGUGGGCUCUGAUGUUCCACUCAGGGAGCUACUGAAACUGGCUCCACGGUACAAGUUGGGAGUCCAUGGAUAUGCCUUUCUGAACACUAACAACGGUUACAUCCUCUCACACCCAGACCUCCGACCUUUGUACAGAGAGGGAAAGAAGCUGAAGCCCAAACCAAACUACAACAGUGUGGAUCUCUCUGAAGUGGAGUGGGAAGACCAAGAUGAAAUACUGAGAACAGCAAUGAUCAAUGGAGAAACGGGUUACCUUGCUAUGGACGUGAAGGUCCCUGUGGAUAAAGGGAAACGGGUUCUCUUUCUCACUAAUGAUUAUUUCUUCACUGACAUCAGUGGCACGCCUUUCAGCCUGGGUGUCGUCCUCUCCCGUGGGCAUGGGGAAUACAUCCUGCUGGGGAACACUUCCGUGGAAGAAGGUUUGCACGACCUGCUGCAGCCAGACUUGACCUUAGCUAAUGAAUGGAUUUACUGCAUCACCGAUAUUGAUCCAGAUCACCGGAAGCUCAGCCAGCUGGAGGCCAUGAUCCGCUUCCUCACAGGAGAGGAACCCGAUCUGGAAUGUGAUGAGGACUUGGUCCAGGAGGUGCUGUUUGAUGCGGUGGUAACUGCGCCAAUGGAGGCCUACUGGACAGCCUUGGCCCUCAACAUGUCUGAUAAGACUGAGCAGGAGGUCGAGACGGCAUUUCUGGGCACUCGAGCCGGCCUCAUGAGGAGCCUCCUGUAUGUGGGAUCUGAGAAACUCUCGAACAGGCAAUUCCUUACCUUGGGGGACAAGGAGAGUAUCUUCACCAUGGAUCACUUCCCCCUGUGGUAUCGCCGAGCAGCAGAGCAUCCUCCAGGGAGCUUCAUCUACAGCAUCACCUCAGAAGAGGGUUCAGAGGGAGGUAGCAAACCAGAGGUGGUGACAGUGAGCACAUCUGUUGCUGUGACUGUGGAUGGGAAGACGGCUAUUGCUGCAGCUGUGGGUGUGCAAAUUAAGCUGGAAUUACUCCAACGCAAGUUCUGGAUGGCUACGCGGCAGUGCAGUGGCGUGGAUGGCGUGUGUCCGCUGAGCUGUCAGGAUGAGAAUCUGAACUGCUUCCUCAUUGAUAAUAAUGGGUUUAUAUUCAUUUCCAAGGGAUCUACAGAGACUGGAAAAUUUUUUGGUGAAGUGGACGGCUCAGUAAUGACCCAACUCCUAAACAUGGGAAUGUUCAGGCAGGUGACGAUGUACGACUAUCAGGCCAUGUGUAAAAUGCCCUACCAUCAUCACAGUGGUGCCCGGCCUCUGCUCAGUCCCAUUUAUACCUUUCUUGCUGCAGUGAAGUGGCUGAUAAGUGAUUUCCUCGUGUGGGUGGUUGACUGGUCAGUUCAUAACUCAGGUGUUCGAACCCAUCUUCAUUAUGUGACUCGGAUAGCCAAGUCCGUCUUCCAUCAUUCUCACAAGCAUAAGAAACAUGAUAUGCUGCAGCCAUGUGACACAGAAUACCCUGUCUUUGUGUACGAGACCACCAUCAAAGAGACCAAUGGGCUGAUCGAGUGCGGAGACUGCCAAAAGAUGUUUGUAGCACAGCAGAUUGCCAACAGUAACCUCCUGCUCCUGGUUACAGAUGCUACCUGUGACUGCAGCAUCUUCCCACCUGUACUCCUGGAAGCAAAAGAAGUCAAAUAUAAUGCUUCAGUGAAGUGCGACAGGAUGCGCUCCCAGAAACUGAGACGGCGGCCAGAUACCUGCCACGCAUUCCAUCCGGAGGAGAAUGCUCAGGACUGCGGUGGAGCUGCUGAGAUCUCAGCCUCACUGACAUUACUCCUUCUAGCGUUGGUGACCUUUGCUCUCCUCCUGCGGUGA